AGCGGCCGGUCGCCGUGGUGUUUGCCCGAGCGCCUCCCCCAGCCGGGACCCCCGCGCCGGUACUGCUGGUUUGCCGGGUCACCGGUUUCUACCCCCGGCCCGUCCGCGUGGCCUGGCUGCAGGAUGGGGAGGAGGUGGGGCCGGGCGGGCGGCUGAACUCCAGCGGGAUCCUGCCCAACGCGGACCUGACCUACCAGCUGCGCAGCUCACUGGCCGUGGGGCCGGGCGCCGGGCACAGCUACGCCUGCCGGGUGCAGCACAGCAGCCUGGGGGGCCGAAGCCUGCUGAUCCCCUGGGAGCAGAGCAGGCCCUGGGGCCCCGGCCUGGUCGUGGGCAUCACCCUGGGGGUUGUGGCCGUAGUCGCCGUGGCCGUGGUGCUCUGGCGGAGCAGACGCAGGGGCUACCAGGACGUUAGAUCAGGGGAGUCCAGUCCCUGAGGGGGCGACACCGGCCCCAGUGUGGGGAUCGGCCCCUCUC